UUCCCAGUUUCAUCCAAAAUGCCGAGUGAGGCCAGUAGUCACACCGAAGUGACAGAUGCCACUAUUGCGGACAAUGAGGCGACCAUCGAGCAGAUGAAGGAACUCAAGUUCAACGAAAAGAAUCUGAUCAUUUACACUCCGCCAGGAGUUAAUGAAGAGCUAUCCGCCAGAUUUUUGAGCAGCUUCGCUUUUGUCACCUUCAAGCGAAGAUCCCCAGGACUUUUAAAGGAUUUGAUCACUUUUCUGCAGGAGCGGGAGCCGGAAAUUAUUAAAGAGUGCGGAGACUAUGCCCACUUCGACUUAAAGCGAACCAUCUGGAGUCUCGAACUGCUGCGCGGAGAGAUGAUCAACAACGAUGAGUUCCAGAUAUUCCGGGUCAAGGCCCCGGACACCGAGAGUUGGAACAAGUUUCUGAUGAAUCUCAGCGAGGACAGGAGGCAAUGGUUCUCCGCCGUUUGGAUGCACGCCGAGUGCUACAUGUACCGCCGCAUCUGGUCGAUCUUCCAGCGCUCAGAGACCCUCGUAAACUACGAUUACUUCGGUGACCAAAAGAUGUCGGCCGCCAGGAGAGUGACGCCCCAGAUGAAGGACGUCCUGGAGGCCACCAGGAAGCUGGCCCGGAGCAAAGAGAACUUUCAGCAGCUGCUUAAACUAUCCGCCUGGGGCAAUCGCUAUGACCUGUCCAUGACAGACGCUGGUCCGAGUGCCAAGAUAUUCCGUCAGAUUUCUAGAUACGACAAGGAUCUCCUGGCCGACCAGUCGUCGGAUAUAUGGAAGGAUCUCACGGAGGCCUGUGACCCCGUCUACGUGGACAUCGUGUGUGAUAAUGCGGGCUUUGAGCUCUUUGCGGAUCUCCUGCUGGCUGAAUAUAUCAUAGAAUCGGGCUUGGCUCGUCGUGUGAGGUUCCAUGUGAAGGCUAUUCCCUGGUUCAUCUCAGACGUCACCCAUCAGGACUUUCUCUGGCUGCUUGGCUACUUCCGCAAACAUUGUAUUCCUGAAUUCAGGGCAUUUGGCAAGAGGAUUCAGGGCUACCUCCGCGAUCGUUCGUUCAUCCUGUGCGACAAGAGCUACUUCUGGACAAGCGGUCACGACUGCAGCCAGAUGAAGCGAGUUCAGCCCUGUCUGUAUGUCUACAUCAGCGAGGCAGCCUUGGUGAUCUUUAAAGGCGACCUCAACUACCGGAAACUUCUCGGCGACAUCAACUACAUCUCCACUGCCAAGUUUUCCGAUUGCCUGCGGGGCUUUCAGCCAACCAGCGUCUGUGCCCUGCGGGUCAUUAAAUCGGAUAUCUACUGUGGGCUGCCCGUUUGCACGGUGGACUGGCUUACAGAGGACAAUCCGGACUGGAUGAUCUCAGGCGAGAAGGCCGUCAUUCAAGUGGCCAUCAAGCACCGACUGUCAAGCGAUUUCCUUGUUUGACCUCCAAAAAAUAUAAAACAGUUUAGUUUUGAAUAACGCAAUUAACAGCACACAUAUAGACAACAUGUA